AAAGGCUAUUUAUGGAAAAUCAACCUGCAUCAUUUCACUCACCAAAGUCACUCUCCCACCACCCUCUACCAAUACACCAUUCAACAUACCCUACACUUAAACAUCAAUCAAUAUGCAAGAUCACUCUGAAAUAACUAAUGUUCCUCUUCAAAACCUCUCACAACUAAGCACCAAAAUGGAUUCUCUUCAAUGCUUCAUAUCUCAAUCCAUCAAAACCAAAACUCUCCUCCCCAAACAACACUUAGACACACUCUCCAACCAAAUCUCCUCAACCAUUUGCGAAGUCAUCAUCAAUGCAACCGCUCUUCUUGCCACGUGUCAUGUAACAACACCGGCCGAGUAUUACACGACACGUGGCAAAAACGACAUUUGCGUUUACGAUGAUGCAACAAAUUACGAAGAUUCCGACAUAGUGGAACUCGAUGCCGUGGAGUUACUCGCUAAAAAUUUUCAUUUAUGUGAGAUUUGCGGGAAAGGAUUCACGCGCGACGCGAAUUUACGUAUGCACAUGCGGGCUCACGGGGAACAGUUCAAGACUCCAGAAGCUUUGCGUGGCGUGAGGGAAACGCGCUUGACCUCGACGCGAUUUUCUUGUCCGUACGAUGGAUGCAAAAGGAACAAGUUACACAGGAAGUUCACGCCGUUGAAGUCGGUGUUCUGUUUGAGGAACCAUUUUAAGAGAAGUCAUUGUCCGAAAACUCACACGUGUGAUCGGUGUCGGAGAAAGAGCUUUGCGGUGGUUUCGGAUUUGAAGAGUCAUGUGAAGCAGUGUAAGGGAGAGUCCACGUGGAAGUGUUCCUGCGGAACUACGUUUUCUAGGAAGGAGAAACUGUUUGGACACGUGGCACGGUUUGAGGGGCAUUCACCGGUGUUUGUUGUGGCGGCGGCAGAAGAAGGGAGAGGACAAUCCGUGGCGGCGGAAGGGGAAGGUGUGGCCGUGGGUGCAAAUUUGACUAACGAAAGUGAUGGGUUACCUGAAGGUUUCUUUGAUGAUUUGGAUAAGUUUUGGGUUUGACUUUGACUCUUUUUUGGAAUAAUUUUUUUGGACUUUUGCACGAUUAAUUAAUAAAUUUUUCAGAAUUAUUUUUAGAUUGAUGAAAGAUUUUGUAUUUGCUCUUUGAUCAAUAUUAUUUAACAGGAGGGUUGAAUUUGUUUUUAGUUUCUAUAAAUAGAUCAUAAUUCAAUUUUAUAGUCCCUUAUAAUUGAAGGUUUACGUGAAACAUGUUUUAUAUUUAUCAAUGAGAAUUAUUUUUUUCAA